AUGGGGAAAAUUGGUUGCCCUGGACAGAUAACAAGCGAGUGUUUGGACAGGACCUUCAUAAGAAGUAAAUUGGGAGAUAAAAGACCGAAUACUAACUAUACUAGCACCGAAGUUGAUAUUCCAAGCAAAACGUUUACCCGUGGGAAGCAAACCAUUGAUAAGCAUCUUGGAUUUGCGUUUGUUCAAUUUGAGAACAAGGCAGAAGCCGAUAAGGCCAUUGAGGAUUUCAAUGGAAAGGAAUUCAAGGGGAGAAACAUCUACGUGAAGAAGGCGGUUCCACCGCCAACCGAGGAGGAAAAGAAACAAAAAAUAGAAGCAUUCAGGGCCAAGAAGGCCGAACAAAAGGCCAAGAGGGCUGAAGAGCAGGCUGAGAAAGCAGAAAAGGAGCAACAAACCACCAAGUCGGACGAAGCGCUGACGAAGGAAGCAAACGGCGAUGUGAAGCCAAAGAAGACCAAAAAGAAGGCCGCCAAAAAGGCUGUCACCGCUGAUGCCAGUACCCCGGAAACUGCGACUUCGUCUGAUGACCCAAAGGAUAAAAUUCCAGAUGGUAAGCCAUCGGCCGAUACCAUCUUCAUCACCAACUUAGACUACAAGGUUGACGUCAAGACCUUGAACAGUCUUUUCAAGGAAUUGAAGCCAAAAUGGAUCCAUGUUCCUACAAGAAGAGUACCAUAUCACAUCCUUAAGAGACAAAAGAGUAAAGGUAGAACUGUCUUCAAUAAGGGUAUUGCAUUCGUCAAGUUUUCUAGCGAAGACUUGCAAAAGCAAGCUAUUGCUGACUUCAACGGUAAGGAAUUGAACGGUAGAGAAAUCAUUGUGGAUAUUGCCAUAGAUGCCAGAAUUCCAAAGACUGACACAGAAGAGCAAAACUCACAAGAAGAAGCCUCUCAAGAUGAAAAGCAAUAA